UUACAAAAUCUGACUAACAGGUAUAAAAAUUUAGGAUAACAUUAUUUUAACGCUUUAUUUUAACUUUCUUUACUGCUAACAUAUUGACUGUUGAACCUUGAUGUUUUUAUUAAACCCGUUGCAAUUACAUUACUUACUCACUGUUUGAGUUCAUAAGUAAACACGUGUUGUUGAGUUGUUUACCUGAACUUAUCCAAUGGUAUAUCAUUAAUAAUGAACGUCACAAUCUGAUGCUUAUAAAGGUCUAAAAGUUUAGUGCUUUUAAGAAGCACGGCUGCUUUCUCCGACAUCACAAGAUAAUCUAAAUCAAGAUGAUAAUGCCAAGUAAACUAUUCCCCGUUGAAAUAUUACUCAACAUAUUAAUAAAUGAGCAUUUACAGGAAUAUUUUUGCUUAACGUUUGUUACUGAAACAAAAUUAACCGUUAACAUUCCUAUAAAUAUGAGUUUAAUGAUAAUACAGCCCAACAAUUCAGUACUUGCGGAACAGAUUUUGGAUGCGUCGGAAAAAGGUUGCUCUGACUACAUUAUUCAAAUGCAUGAACCUGAAAACUUCAUGAUAGCUUUUGAGAAAGUUAAUCAUUUAGGAGACAUAAGGAGAAGUGUCAAGAAACUUAUAUUUUUGCCCGUUCAAGAUGAUAUGAACAACAGAAGUGUUCUUACAAAUAUUUUGGCGCUAAGAGAAACUGGUUUUGUAGCUAAUAUAUUGUUGGUAGUACCUUCUUUACAAAGCUCAGGCGACUGUAAGGUAUAUGACAUGAUAACUCAUACAUUUGUCGGAUCCGAUGAAGAUGUACAAAAACCUUUGUAUUUAGAUCGUUGGGAUUCUUGUACAGGACAUUUCGAGAGAGGAGUGAAUUUGUUCCCUCACAACAUGUCGAAUUUAUACGGCAAGACGGUUAAAGUUGCCGCGUUUACGUAUAAACCAUAUGUUUUAUUAGACCUCGAUCCAUCUUUGAACUCUCUAGGCCGCGAUGGCAUGGAAAUGAGAAUUAUCGAUGAGUUCUGCAGGUGGGUGAAUUGUACCGUGGAAAUAGUAAGAGAUGACGAGCACGAGUGGGGCGAGAUUUAUGAGAAUAAUACGGGCGUCGGGGUUCUGGGCAAUGUGGUUGAAGAUCGUGCCGACAUAGGGAUAACGGCGCUCUAUUCCUGGUACGAUGAAUUCAGAGUGUUGGACUUUUCUGCUCCUAUUAUUAGAACUGCUAUCACUUGCGUCGCACCGGCACCAAGAAUUUUGACAAGUUGGGAUUUACCCUUGGUGCCAUUCACGUGGACGAUGUGGAUGUGUCUAGUGUUUACCUUCUUCUACGCUUCGUUUGCCCUUUCCAUAGCCCAGCGCUCUACCGAUAAUGUUUUCUUAGACACUUUUGGGAUGAUGAUCACUCAAACUCGCGAGGACGCAACUUCAUGGCGCAUACGUAGCAUCACCGGCUGGAUGCUAGUGACGGGCCUCGUCAUAGACAACGCCUACAGCGGCGGCCUGGCGUCCAGCUUCACGGUCCCCAAAUACGAGGCCUCCAUAGACACGGUGGAGGACUUGGUGGAUAGGAAAAUGGAGUGGGGCGCUACGCAUGAUGCUUGGAUAUUUUCUAUUAUGCUGUCUGAGGAGCCUUUGAUCAAGAGUUUGCUCAGCCAAUUUAAAACUUAUCCAGCGGACAUAUUAAGGCAGAAGAGCUUCUCAAGAAGUAUGGCUUUUAGCAUUGAACAUCUUCCAGCAGGAUACUUCGCGAUUGGCGAAUACAUAACCAAAGAAGCAGCGAUGGACCUCGAAAUAAUGCUUGACAAAAUCUAUUACGAACAGUGCGUUGUGAUGUUGAGGAAGAGUUCUCCGUAUACUGCGAAACUCAGCGAGUUAGUUGGUCGCCUUCACCAGUCUGGGCUAAUGCUGUCUUGGGAGACGCAGGUGGCUUUAAAAUAUCUCGAUUUCAAAGUACAAUUGGAAGUAAGGUUGUCUAGAGCAAGAAAAGAUUUGGAAGAAAUUGAGCCGCUAAGCAUAAAACAGCUUUUGGGCAUCUACAUUUUUUACUUCGGAGGAGUGGUAAUAGCACUUCUUGUUUUCUUCGGGGAAUUACUCUCUAAGUGCAGCAAACCUUCAAUAGUGUUAUAAUUAUUACCUUAUAUUAUCCUCCUAAGACCCAAGGACCUGCCUAUAGUACUCUCCUUAUUCAGGUCGAGGAAAUUUAAAUCAUAUCCAAUUGGAGCAGAGUUGCAUUUGUUUUGUUUCGUUCAAUUUUCAAACUAAACAAAAUUCAACUCUAUUCCCUGCACUAUAGCUUCUAAUUUCAGUGGCAAUUUUGGAAUUUUAAUUUGUAUGGAGGUUAAUAAUAUGAACCGAGAUUUAUAUGUAUAUACCUACAGUGGAAUAUAACUAAGAGAAACAGGGAUAGCAUAAAAACGUAAAUAAAAUAAAAUUUUAUGGUGUUA